AUGGUUCACUUGGUGUUAUGGAUGCUCAUACUGCUCCCUCACAUAACAUGCAAGGCUCACAAUCUUAAAUGCAAGUCCUGGUAUCCACACCCUCCAUUCCACAAGUACCACCAGUCAGGAGACCUCCUCAUUGGUGCUGUUGUUUCCCAUGGUGGCUUCAUCUCCUUCUCACCAGAUUUCAUGAAAGAACCUCCACGGCCACUGAUGGAAGAACUUUUAGUUUUGCCUAAGAAUUACCAGCAUAUUGUUGCCUUGGUCUUCGCAGUGAAGGAGAUUAAUGAAAACUCUCAGAUCUUACCCAACGUUACCUUGGGCUUCCAUAUCUAUGACAACUAUUACAAUGCUAUGUGGACCUACUAUUCUACAAUGCUGCUCAUAUACAGCUUGGAGAGAUUUUCCCCAAACUACAACUGUGAUCUACGUAAUAAGCUAACUGCAGUAAUUGGUGGUCUGGAUUCCCAAACUUCUUCUAAUAUGGCCAUUAUCUUGGAUAUGCACAAGAUUCCACAGCUAACAUACAGCCCUGCUCCGGAGAUGAACUAUAAAACCCCAGGCCUUUUCUUCUACCAAAUGGUCCCUAAGGAAGACCUUCAAUAUGAUGGGAUUCUCCAUCUGCUUCUGCACUUCAGGUGGACAUGGAUUGGGACCGUUGUUAUGGAUACUGACAAUGGAGAAAGAUUUGUGCAAACUGUGCUUCCAACGUUUCCCCAGAAAGGUGUCUGUAUUGCCUUCAUAGAAAGACUCCCCAUUCCAACUUUUAUCCCAGAGAUUACCAGCAUGGUGGCUCGCGGAAAAGAAAUAAAUGAUAAAAUAAGAAACAGCAAAGCCAAUGUAAUUGUGGCUUGCGGGGAAUCUUAUUCCUUGACGUUUUUUAGAUGGUUGUCAUUUCUGUCAGGUGUAGACCACAUGGAAAAGAAACCCAAAGGCAAAGUGUGGAUAACAACAGCCCAGAUAGAGCUAAAUUCAUUCUCCUAUCAAAGGAAUUGGGAUGUAGAAACUUUCAAUGGUGCAAUAGCCGUCUCAUAUCAGUUUGAUGAUGUGCCAGGAUUUCACCAGUUUGCUGAGGGCAGAAACCCUUUCAGCACUUCUAGAGAUGGUUUCAUCAGGGACUUCUGGCAACAAGCUUUUGACUGUGCAUUUCCAAAUGCAACAGUGGGUGAGGUGCCUGAGAAUAUUUGCACAGGAGAGGAGAAGCUGGCAGACCUUCCGGUCAUCUUUUUUGAAAUGAGCAUGACUGGCCAUAGCUACAGUGUCUACAAUGCUGUUUAUGUUGUGGCUCAUGCAUUACAUGCCAUGUCUUCUUCAAGACUGAAAAACAUAGCAAUACGGGAUGAAGGGGAUCUGAAGCUUCCAAUCCAGCUCCAUCACUUUCUGAGACAGAUCUCAUUUAACAACAGUGCUGGACAGAAGAUUUCCUUUGACCAAAAUGGGAAGUUAGUAGCUGGAUUUGAUAUCAUCAACUAUUUAUGUGCUUCAAAUAUAUCUAAAGUAAAGAUUGGGAAGGUUGAUCCUAGGGCCCCUUCAGAACAAGUAUUAACCAUCAGUGAGAAUGCCAUCACAUGGAACAACUGGUUCAAUCAGACACAACCUAUUUCUGAAUGCGUGGAAAGAUGCCAUCCAGGUUCUAGCAAGAAAGUGAAGGAAGGGAAGCCAUUUUGCUGCUACGAUUGCAUCUCAUGUCCAGAAGGAAAGAUUUCACAUGAGGAAGACAUGGGUGACUGCUUUAAAUGCCCAGAUGAACACUAUCCAAACAAAAACCAGGAUGCAUGUAUCCCCAAGGAAAUAAAUUUCUUGUCUUAUGAAGAAUUAUUGGGGGUCAGUUUAGCCUCUUUUUCUAUCUUCUCUUCAGUUAUCACAGCUCUGGUACUAGGAAUCUUUAUAAAGCACCAUGACACUCCCAUUGUCAAAGCCAACAACCGGGACUUGACCUACACUCUCCUCCUCUCCCUCCUGCUCUGCUUUCUUUCUGCACUGCUAUUCAUUGGUGAACCUCAGAAGGUGACAUGUCUCCUUCGGCAAACUGCUUUUGGCAUCAUCUUCUCAGUGGCUGUUUCUUCAGUGUUGGCAAAGACUAUCACUGUGGUUCUGGCUUUUAUGGCCACCAGACCAGGAUCAAGAAUGAGAAAAUGGGUGGGGAAAGGACUGGCCUACUCUGUUGUCCUUUCCUGCUCCUUUAUUCAAGCAGGCAUCUAUACGGUGUGGCUGGCAACUUAUCCCCCAUUCCCAGAUGUUGACAUGCACUCAAUGACAGAAGAAAUCAUCCUAGAAUGCAAUGAGGGGUCUGUGGCAAUGUUCUACUCAGUCAUUGGCUACAUGGGCUUCCUGGCCAUAGUUAGUUUCACAGUGGCUUUCUUUGCCAGGAAGUUACCGGACAGUUUCAAUGAAGCCAAGUUCAUCACUUUCAGCAUGUUGGUCUUCUGCAGUGUUUGGUUAUCCUUCAUUCCUUCUUAUAUGAGCACCAAAGGAAAAUACAUGGUGGCUGUGGAGGUUUUCUGUAUCUUAGUCUCCAGUGCUGGGUUGCUGGGCUGUAUCUUUUCCCCAAAAUGUUAUCUAAUUUUGUUGAGGCCGGAACUGAACAAUAGGGAACAGCUAAUAAGACAAAAUAUUUCUUGA